UGAACACACACACACACACACACGUUUAUAUAUAAAUCGAAUAUUCUGAAUAAUUAUUCUUGAAAAAAACACUUCAUCUAUUGUAGGCUUAGCUUUCAGUGUGUUUAUUAACACUGUGGGAGAGGAAAAGGAACGAUGCAACGGGAAAUCCGUCUAGACUGCAACUUGCACGGGAUCAUACUAGGCACUUAGAGAUAAGGGUGACGGCAUUCGUCUAAGGGGUCGGAAUCGGAAAGUUUUGUACGUGAAAUUGUAACAGGAGUGCUACGGUUUCAAAUUGAUUUUUUUCAGUAGUUUUAUAAUAAGUUGUGUAAUUUGUUUGGAAGCUAUCCAUUUUCAUUGAAUGUUCCUGUAGUGAAGACUUCAUCUGUUGAAGGUCUUUCCUCAGGGGAGACACCAGGAGUGAAGAUUUUCAGGAAUUAAUUUCUUUACUUCAGAAGCAGAGUAUUCAUCAGUCUCAUCAGAGAAACAGAUGUUUCGGAAAGGAAAGAAACGACACAGUAGCAGUAGCUCUCAAAGCAGUGAAAUUAGUACAAAGAGCAAGUCUGUAGAUUCCAGCCUUGGAAGACUAUCCAGAUCAAGUACAGUUGCCAGUUUGGAUGCAGAGUCCAUUAAAAGUUCUGGUCAAAGCAAUAGCAAUUCUGACACCUGUGCUGAAUUUCGAGUAAAAUAUGUUGGAGCCAUUGAAAAGGUGAAAGCUGAGUUGUUUGAAGGUCUUCAGGGACCAUUAGACCUUAUUAACUACAUUGAUGUCUCACAGCUGGAUGGAAGAUUGCCCUUUGUUCCACAAGAUGAAGAAUUUCUCAUGGGAGUGUCAAAAUAUGGCAUCAAAGUAACAACAGCUGAUCAGUAUGAUGUUCUACACAGGCAUCCAUUGUAUUUAAUUGUGCGGACAGUUUGCUAUGAUGAUGGAUUAGGAGCAGGAAAGACCUUGUUGGCCUUCAAGACAACUGAUGCCAAUCAGGACGAAUAUAACAUUUGGGUGUAUCAAUGUAACAGUCUGGUGAGAUACGUUUUUGCAAAAAUUAAUAUUUAA